GAGAGAGAGAGAGAGAUUCCAAGAACAAGAAGGGAAGGCGCAGGAAGGAAGGAAAAUCGCAAAAUGACUACGUCGCACGUUAUCCUCCUCGUCCUUUAUCUGCUUCGCCAAGCCGAACGUUCUCAAGCAAUAUCCGGCAGAGGUAACAGCCAGGUUCUUCUCGGAGAAGUCGACAUCGCGGUUAGAGACGACGGUUCCGCCAGCGAGAUCACCACGGAGGAGCCUUAUUUGAAAAAAUGUAUCGUCGAUGGGAACGCCUAUUCGCACAGUCAGACGAUACCGUCAUACGACGUCAACUCUCAUUGCCUCUGCGUCGCCGGCGAGGUUUAUUGUUGGUGGCAAAAUUAUAAUCCGAGUACCGACUCCUCGAUCGGUUCUGCCUCGUCGUUAUCGACGACGUUGGGAAGCAAUUAUACUCCCAUGUUGGAAGUAAGCACGGACACUGCCGAUAGUUCUGAAGCUUCUGGUGAUUAUCUUAUCGAAGGAACUCUCGUCGGGCAAUCACAAGGACGCGUCGAAAUCAAUUCGACGUACUCGACUACGCCGUCUGCUCCAACGACGUGCCUCGUCAUGGGUAGGGAGUAUCGAGAGGGCGAGGUACUGCCGCAUUCGACCGGAAACUGCGUCGAAUGCAGCUGCGGCUCGGAGGGUCGGGUCGAGUGUUCUCCUCGAGAUUGCGUACCUCUAAGGCCUGAGAUACCGGUCGCACCGGAUAUACCCGAACCACCCGGCGCUGAUUUCGAGGUCUUCGAUUUGGCACGAGACCGAGGGAUCGACGAGGGAUUUUAAUAAGCUUCUUAUUCCUUUUUUCUUCUUCCUCCUUCAUUUCCUUCACCUCUUUCCUUUUUCCACCGUCUAUUCCAGCAAGAGUCGCGAUGGCUCUGCUCGUUCCUUUACCAACGUCGUUAACCUUUUAACGAAUUCGUUACCCAACGAUUCCCUUUGAAAAGGAAAGAAACAAAAAAAGAAAACAACGAUCUUACCUCUUCUUUUGAUUUAGAACAGAGUUCGCGUUCGCAAUGGAUCAUAUAGAUCACCGCGAGACUAAGUUUGAGAAAAGAUUCGAGAAAUCGGCGCCUUCUCUCAAUCGAGAACGUGCCUUUCCAUCUCUUCCAUUUAUUGAUUUCUUUCUUUUUUUCUUUUCCUUUUUUUCUUUCUUAGUCGUAGUAACGCCUAGCGUCGACUUUUUCUAAGACCCUUUACGACUCGUAACGAUCAAGCGAGAUCGUUACACAUCCGAUGUCUUUUCCAAUAAUCCACGAACUUCAAUCACCUGUUAUUAUUACUUUAGUCGAUCGUACCUAAUUUUUCUUUGGCAAGAAAAAAUGACGAAGGACGCUUCGCAAAGUGACGGAAGACGUCGCGUUGGCAAAGAUUGUUCAAAAGACACCGAAAGAAAACGAUACGACACCGAAGAAACGCGUUCCGUUACUUUGCAUGGAAAGAGCUUUUCUCUUUCCAAAUACGAAACUUUCGGUACGUUUAGUGAUUUUUCGAGGGAUGUUCCCCGACCAAGUAGGAAAAUAUCUUUUGUAGGGAACGGCCUAUGAACGUAAUAAGAAGAAAAGAGAGAGAGAGAGAGAGAGAGAGAAGAAGAAGAAAACAAAGUAGGAAAUCGGCCUACACGAUAUUAAUCGAGAACGAAUUUCGUCAGGUAGCUGAGCGAAUACACUCGCGCUACGUGCAAAAAAGUUGACAUAACUCUCAUCUUUAUGGAUUACGCAUUUGUCUUUAUCUAUUACUCGGAUCGUCAUACCUUAGACAUUUUCUAGUCUAAACAUAUCGUAACUGUAUCUUAGUUGUAUCCAAAGUCAUCAUAUCCUAUUCAUAUUCUAGUCAUAAUCAUAGAUCACGCGAUAACUUAAAUUAUAUCGUAUUUCCCUUGCCCGGGAUGAGUGUAAAAAAAUUAUCGAAUAAUCGAAUUAAGAUACACGCAAGGCCAUUAUGCACACUUGAGUCCAACGAAGCAGUAUUAUCUAUUUUUAUAUACGUAUUUUAUUUCAGUUCUAUACCUUGAUUCGAUACUUUUCACGUACGAUGCAAUAAUAGUCCUUUAUCUCGUUUAUGCGUAAGUACUCGAAGCGUCGCUGAUCGAUGCCAGGGACUUUGAUCGGUUUUGAUCUCUCUUCGUUCUCUUCUUUCAUCGAGAAGUAUAAAAAAAGACGGCAUACGUUCGUCCGUACGUAGUAGCUAUAAGUUCAACGAUCGAUUACGAUCAUCGAUUCGUACAAUGAGGUUAUAUUAUGUAUCGUGGUGCGAUCCGUUAAUGUACGCGUAUAAUAAUUUUGGUGCUAAUGAUUUGACACUUCUAAAUCGUCGUCUCGUACUUGGGUACGCGUCGAUGAAACUUUGUAAAAAUCUUUGCUAUAUAACGUUUAUCGUUUAUAAAAUACAACAAUCCGUGCUCGUAUAUAGCAGCAUUUUCUAAAUUCUCUCAAGUAGCGAAGCUGUUCUUGCUGUUUACAAGCGAUUCCAAUUCCAAUAUAUUUUAGGGCCACCCUGUAUAUAUAUAUAAAUCCAUAUAUAGGUAUACGUAUACAUGCGAUAGAAACACGUACCCGUUAUAAAAGGAACCAAGUAUCGAGAUACGAGCUACGCGUUACACACGCGCACACGUACACACGCACGCAGAGGUAUUAAAAUAUAUGUAUAUAUAUAUACUUGCGAAUAAAUAGGCGUAGAUAACUUUAGUUCGAUAGAAUUUGGAUGUCGUAUACUUUUUACAAAUGCGUUUUUAGAGUAUUUCGUUUGACCGUUCCGAUGCAGUUUCAAUUGACCGUGUUGAGGAUUACUAUUAAACAGUCCCUAUUCCGUAAAGAUUAUUUAGAAGCAAGGAAUCGUUCGUUAAAACUUUCGACGGUUGCAAGGCACAGAAAAUUUUCUUCCGAGCGUACGUGUGCGUCUAUAUGCGCGCCUAUGUGCACGUUAUACGGACGUGCCUCCACACAUGGAUACGGCUAAUCCUAUGAAAAGUUAACGGAUCUACGCGUUGGAAAAGCUAAUUGUGAAAGAAAAUGGCCAGAAAAGGGGCUAUGAUUACGUAAUAUAUUUAGGAACGGCGGGAGAGAACAUUACCUAUAGGUAGUCGUAUUAUUAGGUAGACUCCAAUGUGAUAUAUACACGCGAAAGAUAACUUUGUCUAAGAGUUUAUAAUACUUUUGAAAGGCCUGACCUUUCUCAUCGGGCUCGUUAGGAGAAAACUUAGUAACGUGGCGUGUACUACGAGUAACGAAAAAAAAACCCCUCUGUAUCCUUCGAGCGAAAUUUUGGCCAUGUCGCAUUUUCUAUUAAAACGACGAAUGUAUCCAUCGAUCGUGCAUUCCGAUUGCUCGAAAAAAAAAAAAAAAAACAAAACGUUGUUUUUGCGAAACAACGAUUGGAACGCGAUAGGACCACUAACCAAAAUAUUCUCGUUCGAAUCGUACAGAAUCAACGAAUUAACUACAUAGAUCCGCGCAUGCAACAACUUUAAUUCUCGUUACGAUAUUUUUAUUCGACUAUCUUUUUAAAUAACUUUAAAGACACGAUGCUUCGCGUUGUCUCCAAGCUGUCUCCUUUGCCUUUAUCAAUCGUUGUCAUCGACGUUACUUUCUUCCGUAUCGUGAUCCACCAAAGGUUAGUUCGUUGUAAACGCCUAUUACGGAUUUUAGACAAUCCAUAUCUCUUGUUCCGCAAAGGCUCGAUGAGAACAAGCAUGAGGAUUCGAGGAGAGGGAAGGGAAGGAAGGGAUAGAUAGAUUUGUAAUAUAAUUUAGUUGCGAAUCGCGGUGACGUGCCACGGGACCAUCGACGAGGAACGAAGGAUGUCGCGCAUUGAUUUUCCGUUAGUUUUUCUAUUUAAGUAACGAUCUCGUACGUCUUCCAACUAUCCCACACACAGUUAUGUCCACCUUAACGUUCGUGGGAUCUCCUGUCUUCUCAAAAACAAACGAUUGUUAUUCGAAUAAAGGAGGAUCUUACGAU